UGGAUAUUAGCUACACACUUUUAAUGGACCAAAAUAUGAGUGGUUUUAGAAUUUCCAAAAUUGUGAUUUCGAAUUCAACGCAACUCCUUCGUCUCCCUCUCUCAGCUAACCCGAUCUACAACAUCUACCAGCAGCAAUCGCCAUCUACCAGCAGCAAUCGACGAUGCGAAGGAGACCACACCAGCCCCCGACCUCUCUCUCGAUCUCUGUACGCCUUCUUCUCUUCGCACGACCAUCCUUCGCAUCCCUCUUCUUCUUCUUCUUCUCCGACGACCUCUACUCCGUCGGCGAUGGUGGCUGCUAAGGUUCAGAAAUGGUGCCUCGAGCCUUGGAGACGACAACCACGUCUGUCUAACUGUUCUUCAUCUCCUUUCUACAUCAAUUUCGUCCCUACAUAUGCAAUUGCUUGAUUGUGACCUAGAUUAGAGUUUGAGAUAUGAUUUCGAGGGUUAGAAUUGCACUUCCCUGCCAGAUCCGCCUUCGCCGGUGGAUAACGACUCGAUUUGGGGCUUCCACGGUCGGGGCUAUGGAAGUGGGUUAGCUUGCUGGAGAAAAGUCUAGGGGGCUGGCCGCUGGGGCUGUGAAAAAUGCUGGGUGAGGCGGGGGAGGGGUCUGGAUGAGACAGGGGGUUGGGUGAGACAGGGUUGGGGCUGGGGUGAGGCAGGGGCAUGAGUGUGGUGGUUGCCAGCGGUGGUACCGUUGGUCGGAGGCGAUGCGGCAGUGCGGCGGCGGUAAUUGGGCGGCGUCAUUGUGGGGCGUCAAUGUGGAGGCAUCACUUUGUCAAUGUCACUGUGGCUAACGUGACACAUGCGGUGGCUAAAGUGACACGGGCGGUGGCUACAGUGACACGGGCGGUGGUUGUAGUGACACGGGCGGUGACUACAGACCUACAGUGACACGGGCGGUGGUUGUAGUGACACGGGCGGUGGCUACAGUGACACAGGCUGUGUACACAGGCGGUCGUGUACACAGCCGAUUUUUGGUCAACUAAUGCCAACACACAAACAUCGAUGUUUUGUGCCACAAUGUCAUGUAGGCACAAAAUUUAAUAUAUGCGUACGAAUGAUUUUUUGUGCGUGGCCUAACUUUACAUACAUUUAUAGGUAAAUUCCAUCGUACAGCCGACUGUACUGUGCGCACGGUACAGCCGGACUUUUAAUUCCCAAAUCGCAGGUCGCAGGUCUUCGUCGCAGUUCGCAGGCUUCCAUCGCAGAUCGUUCUCGAUGCUCGUCCUUCGCUCGCCGCCAACACAGAUGACGAUUCUCAACAGCCGCAACUCUCCAGCAUGAGCGCAUCACCUCAAACUUCGACUUCAGCGGCGGCUCCUGCGCAGUACAUGGUGUAUAGCCCUAGUUGCUUCUUCUCCCUCUUUCUUGUUUUGGAUUCUUCCUUUUUCUUUUUUUCUUACUUAAGUUUGGUGAGUGAGUUUGGUCACUUGUUGGCCACAUGUUAGAGAAAUCUAAGUUAUACGUAAUUCUUCAGAUGUGAGCAUAAUAAAUGAAAUUAUGAGCAUAGUAGACAUUUCAAAUGAGUUUUAUGAAUGCUCAUUUCGUAAUUUAUGUAUACUCAUUUGAUAUUAGUGUAAUACUCAUUUUAAACGAACAUAUACAAAUGAAUAUUGAACACAUUAGAAAUGAGUUUUAUGUUAAACUCAAAUGAGUAUAACGCCCAAAAUGAAUGAGCACACACAAAUGAACUUUUUAAUUAUUUGAUGCUAAUUUGUAAGUUAUGUAUGCUCAUUUUGGACUAAAACUUUUUCAUAAACGAAAAAAUAAUAAACAAAAUGUGAUAUAUGAAGAAUGAAUCAGAUAUCACUAAUGCUCACCGUUAGGAUCAUAAUACUCAAAGACAGGUUCGAUACUCAUCAAAAUUGAGUUAAUUUAAUGCUCAUUUAAGAGAAUCUAUUAUUUUCACAAUAGUUACAAGUUUGCCCUACAGCAGCCAGGUGUACCAUAUACGAAUUCACAUUUAUUUCCAAUUUGGUUUUCUAGCUACCAUCCAUCUCCGACAAAUAAAAGACUAUGAAAAGAUGGAAGAUCAAAAUGAAAGGGCGGGAGAUGAAAGUGAGUGGGGGAAGGAGGAAUUGUUGCGAGAAAGAAGAGAGUUGGAAGUUUAGGGUGGGGUGAAGAGGGUAAACUGUAAAAAUAUACGCACUACGUAAAUGAUGUGUACAAAGUCUGAGCAAAAUAAUCCAUAAGCAUAUCUGGCAUCUAGUGAUCAAUUAUUCACAAAACCACAGAAAACAUGGCAGCCGGCAGGUACACACAGUGACAAAACUACAGAAACAUGGAGUUUGUCGAGCUGCAGUGAGGCCACUGAAGGGCACAACGAGAUUGAGAGAGAGAGCUCGCAGCGCCAUGGCUACCGACUUCAAAUCUAUUCCUAUUAUUGAUGUAAGCCCACUUUUGGACAAAUGGGAUCAUCCAAACAUUUCUCAAGAUCAGGGUGCGGCUGAAGUAAUUAAACAGUUAGACCAGGCUUGUAGAGAAGCUGGAUUCUUUUAUGUGAAGGGCCAUGGCAUUCCUGAUUCUCUUAUGCAAGAAAUUAGACAUAUAUCACAUGUUUUCUUUGAUCAACCACAUGACACAAAACUCAAGAUUAAGCUCUCUGCAGCAACCGGAUACAGAGGCUAUCAGUGGGUUGGACAAAAUAUAACCAAAGGCGUGCCUGACAUGCAAGAAGCCAUUGAUUGCUACAAAGAAGUGAAAGAUGGAAUGUACGGAGGUCUUGGAGAAGUUAUGAAAGGAUCUAACAAAUGGCCUGGUAACCCCCCAGAUUUUGCAAGACUGAUGGAGGAAUACAUCAACUUUUGUACAGGUCUAUCAAGAAAGAUAAUGAGGGGAAUUGCUCUAGCAUUGGGUGGAUCAGUCGAUGAAAUUGAAAGGGAAAGAGCUGGAGACCCAUUUUGGGUUCUACGCAUUAUAGGUUAUCCUGGGGCAUCUUCCUCGAGUGGCCAGGAUGUACAAAAAAAUGACAUUGGAUGCGGGGCUCAUACAGACUAUGGACUAUUAACACUAGUUAAUCAGGAUGAUGAUAUUACUGCCCUUCAGGUAAAAACUCGAUCUGGUGAGUGGAUAUCAGCCCCACCAAUCCCUGGCACAUUUGUAUGCAAUAUUGGCGAUAUGCUACAGAUCUUGUCAAAUGGACUGUAUGAAUCCACCUUGCACCGAGUCAUGAAUAAGUCUCUAAAAUACCGUGUUUCUGUGGCCUACUUUUAUGAGCCAAACUUUGAUGCAUUAAUAGAGCCACUGGAAGUGUGUAAGCAGCAGACUGGUGGGUUGAGAAACUUUGAAGGAGCUGUUUAUGGAAAGCAUUUAGUUGGUAAAGUCACAACCAACUUUGUGGCGCAAUUUUAGUUUUGUUGGUACUUGUAAUGGAGAUGGGUGCUCUGAAAGCUGAGUACUUGUAAUGGAGAUGGGCUCUCUGAAGUCUGAAAUUUGAGUUGGACUAGUUUAUUGUCAAGCUUCGUACACUACCUACUUGGUGAUGCAUUAAUUGAAUGAUAACUGGCGAUCCUUUGGAUUUUAUCCUAUGAAUUAAGGAUUAAGAUAUGAAACUUAUCAAUUUAAGGCAUGGUGAAUGAUUGAAAAGUGAAAACUAUCAACUCAAGGUUUAAAAUAUUUC